ACUGUACUAGACAUGUGUUUUUUAUAUUUGACAUUACAAACGACGCCUUCACGCAUUAAAGAGUUUAAAAAAUUCGAAAGAAAAUUUUUACGUCAGGAAGUUUAAUUACCUAACUACAUAGUGUGAAUAUAAUUUACGUUUAAUCAUGUCGGAAUCUAAUGCAUUUACCAAACAAGUCGAAAACAUUGAAGUUAUGCAAGUUUUAAAUUCAUCUACUGAUGGUUCAGUCACAUUUGAAUUAAAAUCUGGUGGAGAUGAAGAAGAAAAUAAAUUCGUCAAGGACGUUGAAAAAGAAGUUUUCGACAGAGUUUUCUACAACAUUCCAAUAGAAGUUAAGAAUCCAUGUCCAAUAGAAAAAACUUUCCUAGAAUAUCGUUACAGUAUGAAGGAAAUUAGUAAAUCACUUUAUAAGAAAGUGAUUGAAGCAGGAAAUGGCUCUGAUAUUUAUUUGGACGAUUGUAUCGUCAAUUAUGAUUAUUCAAUGUUUUUGGAAGGAUCUGAAGGUCCUUUUGACUCAAGCAUUUUGAACAAUUCCAUCGGCUGUAUUAAUGUUUCGAUUGGCAUUGAACCACUACCUGGAUGUCGUUUAGCUUUGUCAACAAUGAAGAAAGGAGAAGAAGCAAUUUUUUGGAUCUCUCAUGAAUUGAUGUUUGGAAAGUUGGGAUGUCCACCAAGAGUUCCUCCUAAAGCCGACAUUUUAUUUCAAGCAAAGAUCAAAAGUGUUUCAGAAAGUGAAAAAAGUUCGAAUCAAAAUCUUGAACGUGAACUGAAGAAUCUUUUGAAAGGAGCUGCGAAGAAGAGUUUAAUUGCUGCUGAACAUUACAAGUUUGGUGAUUAUCAAUCAGCAAUUGGAAUAUACAGAAAAUGGAUAAAUAUCCUUGAUGGGUCACCGAUUAAAAAUUGCGAUGAGGAAGAAGCGUUGAGUAAGGUUCUUAUCAAAUUAUAUAAUAACGUCAUCGUUUGCUAUAAUAAAAUUAAUAAGCCUGAAAAAGCUUGCAUCAUGAUCAGAUAUCUUGAAAAGUUGAUAUCGAUUAGAGAUCAACCUAGAAUGUUAUUAGAGAAAGGAAAGUCAAACAUGAUGCUACAACAUUACGAAGAAGCAAGACGAUGUUUCAAUCUUGUCAGAAAAUGUUGUCCAAAUUUCCCCAAACUAAUCGAGGCCUUUGAAGAGCUUGACAAACAAGAAGAAUUAUCAAAACAACACGAAGCCAUUUUGGAUGAAUUAAGCUUCGAUAUUGAUGUAAAAAGCAACGGAUUAGAAAGAAAUGAAUUAAAUUUUAUCAGCAGGCUUGAUUUUCCUGCCAAAUCUUCCGGCACUUUUAAUGUACAUGGAUUCGAUCAGAAAUUUCCAUCUUUUGCGAUUUUUCAACUACAUUCAUUCUAUUAUAACAUGUCACUGUCUUUCACUCCAAAUAUCACUGAACCACACGAAACAGGAACAAACAUUGGAUUAAUUCUUAAGUCACACAAUUCUACAAUAACUCUUCAUAUCUGGAAUGACAAUAAUGAUACUGUAAGUUGCAUGGCUGCUUUAGUUAUUUACAAUCGAACCACUCCAAUUCCCGGUGGAUGUCCAAAAUCUCAACCAAUGUUGACAUUACGUGAAACUGAAGAUUUUGUGAUUGUUGAAACAACAAUAGCUGAGGUCUCUCCAAAGGAACAUGACAAGAGAGGAAGUGUUAGAUGUUUGAGGAACUCAACAAAGCCACUGCAUUAUUUCACCAACUACAUCUAUCUCGAAAGAAUGAAUUUCAAUCAUGAAACAUACUUUAAUGGCAUUAAAAGUAUGAUUUUUGAUGUUAAUCCACCAAAAAGCUAUCGAGCGACACAAAAUUUCUCUCCAUUUCAUCGAUACUUUGAAAAAGUUCCAGGCACUGGAAUCAUCUUCAACUCGUUUGUUGUGGAUAGGAAAGGACGGACAGGAUUUUACAUUCCUAAAAUGACUGAUUCGUGUUUGAAUAACAUUUGGAACAGCCAUUGUAAUAACAUUAGCUUAUUGAAGCAGUCGAUCGGAUUUGUUCUUGUGAUGUUUUCCCUUGUUAUGACUUUCAAUCUUCUCAUGCCUGAUAUUAUCGAAGCAGGUUUAAAUGGGAUGUUCAUCGGAUCAUUUUUCAUGAUUGCAUUUCUUGAGAGCCGCCAUGUGACGAUGACAAAGUUUGACAUUUUUAUGACGACAAUAUUCAGCGGUUUAAUUUCGUCAGCUUUGUUCGCAACAAUUUCGCUUCGUUAUCGUGUUGGUCGGUAUUUAUCAAAAUUAUUAUUCAGCAACAUAACAAUAGCAUUGAUAAUGGAACUAUUUUUCAAUGAAAUCACGUCAAUUUACUUGCAGUUUGGACUCGCUUUUUUCUUUUCACUUGCUUUAGGAAUUUUUAGGAUUUCUUUCUCAGUUUUUCUUGGCGGCUUUGCACUCAUCAAUGGAUUGUCAUAUUUAUCGAAAUGUGGAAAUAUUCAUCGCAUUUUCGUUGAUAAUUUUCAUGCACUCUUUUCUGCAUAUAACACGAAAGAUCAUAUAUGGUCAUUAUAUAGACGAAAAUUCAUCAAUUCUAAAAUAUUUCUGAACUGGUUGGAUUAUUCUUUAAUAACUGUUUACGUUGUUGGUGCAGUUAUGUUAACAAUUCGAAAAGAAAUCUAUUCUCGUAACAUUGAGAGCCAUAAUGAAUUGUUGAUACGUUGUGGUGGCGAUGUUGACGAGUAUAAUAGAAAUGUUGCGAGAUAUCGUCGAAAUAGAUGCUUGAUUGGAAUUCCAAAUUCAUCAUCAGCUAGACACAGAUUUAGAAUUAUUUCGCCAUGUCGACGUCAUCAUUAUCGGUCAAACAUCAUUCACGAGCGAAGUCCUUUGAUUUCACAUUGGUUGGCAAGUGAUGAAAGUGAAGAUGAUGUGUUUGAGUCACCAAUUUCAAACUCUCGUUUCAUGCAAACACUUCCACCUGAUUCAAGAGAAAGAAUUGAAGCAAUCCAAAACUUCCAUGAUGAUCGUUAG